GGACCCAGCGGGCUCCGGCGCACUUUUUUCAGGGAGCCGGCAGCUGCUGCCGUUCAUGCCCAUGUAUGUGCCGCGGUGGCUGACUCGCUGGAACCGGGCGCUGCGAGUGGCGGGCGCUCCAUUAAUAGACCCGAGAGACGCGCCGCCAUCCCGGAGCCGCGUUGCUUGAAGGCAGCGGCGCCCCUGGAGUCAUGCGCGCGGCAGCCCCUUCCCAGAUGGAAGGGCUGGAGAAGUUCCAGAGUCCCGGGAAGGGCCGGGGCCUGCGGGCGCUGCGCCGUUUCGUCAUUGGGGAGCUGCUCUUUUCUUGCCCGGCCUUCACUUGCGUGCUGACUGUCAACGAGAGGGGCAACCAUUGCGAAUGCUGCUUUGCCAGGUACCACGCAGAGGGAAGACGGGCUGCCGGCCGUUGCAAAGUUUCAAUAUAUUAUUGUAAUAUAAUUUGCCAAAAGCAAGAUUGGCCAUUGCACAAAUUGGAGUGUUCUGCCAUGUGCAUAUUUGGACAGAACUGGAAUCCCUCUGAGACAGUCAGACUCACAGCAAGGAUUCUUGCCAAGCAGAAAACACACCUGGAAAGGACUGAGUCAGAGAAACUCCUUUCUAUAAAAGACUUUGAAUCCCAUCUUGAUAAGCUUGACAAUGAAAAGAAGGAGCUGAUUCAAACUGAUAUCUCUGCUCUUCAUCACUUUUAUUCGAAGCACAUGGAAUACCCUGACAAUGAAGCUCUGGUGGUACUUUUUGGACAGGUUAACUGCAAUGGCUUCACAAUUGAAGAUGAAGAACUUUCACACUUGGGAUCAGCAAUAUUUCCCGAAUUUUUACCAGUUACAUUGACUUAUUGUAUCCAACAGAAGAUAGGAAUGAUCGAUUAAAAGAUUCCUAUUUCUUUACCUGUGAUUGCAGGGAAUGUUUUACUAAAGAAAAGGACAAAGAUAAACUGGAAAUCCGUAAACUGAAUGAGCCUCCGUCUACGGAGGCUGUGCGAGAUAUGAUCAGAUAUGCCAGAAAUGUGAUUGAGGAAUUCAGGCGGGCCAAACAUUACAAAUCCCCAGGUGAACUGCAGGAGAUUUGUGAACUCAGUCUGGACAAGAUGGGUUCUGUGUUUGCAGAGAGUAAUGUUUACAUGUUGCAUAUGAUGUAUCAGGCCAUGGGAGUUUGUCUGUACAUACAAGACUGGGAAGGUGCUUUGCGCUACGGGCAGAAGAUUAUUAAGCCAUAUAGUAAGCACUAUCCUUCUUACUCCCUCAAUGUGGCAUCCAUGUGGCUGAAGCUGGGAAGACUUUACAUGGGCUUGGAAAACAGAUCAGCUGGUGUUAAGGCUCUCAAAAAGGCAAUCGCUAUCAUGGAGAUAGCACAUGGGAAAGAUCAUCCAUACGUUAUAGAGAUCAAAAAGGAAUUAGAGACCCACUGAGUCUUUGAAUCUAUGUAAUCCUUCAACCUUUCUUUAAAAGCCUUGCUAUGGAAACUUCAGGAGUGCUUUGAAAAUUGACGCGGAAUGAAAGCUUUUCUGUAAAAUAAUUGGAAUGACAAACAUGUGGUGCAUUUGGGCCUUGCCUCUUCCAUUCUCUGAGGUCUAUGUGAAAUAUCUUGAGCCUUGAUAAAUUAAUUCUGAAUGCCUUUUCCUCCCUAAGAAAAUGCCAUGGUUUCACACAGCUAAUGCCUUUGAUUGAUCAUGUGCAAAAAUGACCAGUUCUUUUCUCAAUUGAGUUUAAUGUAUUGUAUCUUAUGCAAAAUGACUAAUUAAAUUUGGACAACAUUGCUUGACCUGA